AUGAAGCAGAUGGUGAAGGACAACUUUCUGGUGCAACUCUCAGAUGACAAACAGCACCAGUACCUGGAGCUGAGCUACGGUGGUGCAGCGCUGCAGGACAGCUGGGCUCUGUGUGACGUGGGCAUCACAAGUGGCAGUGCCAUCCGAUGCCUGAUAAAGAGUAAACGAAGGCCUGUGAUGCAUGUGUUCAAUGCUGUGACAGGAGAAACCUUAGCAAUCAUGGGAAGUGAGGCUCUUCUGCAUAUGUCUGUUGCCUCAUUGAAAACUGUGGUGUCUAUGCAAAGUGGCCUCCCUGUCAGCACCUUCAGACUAAGCACACCUGCUGGUGUGCAGCUCUAUGACUGCAACCAACUGCAAGACUACGCCAUUGAAGUGGGCACUACUCUCCGUUUGGACACGUGGGAUGGGUGGGUGGAGUUCCUCCAAGGUUGCCUCCUUGGCCACAGAUCGACAGUCCAGAGCCACUUGUCAGAGAAGAAGCCAGUAAUGAGGUUUCAGCUGCAGGUAGCACUUUACAUCGCUGCCUCUUUAGGCCACCUGGAUCUGGCAGGCUGGCUGCUGGAGAGGGGGAUGCAUGCUGAGAAACCAGUGGGAGUCCAUCCGUACCGCCAGUGGUGCCACCAAACCGCCCACCGAGACACCGGAAAGUGUCCCAUCCACACAGCUGCAGAGAGCAGCCAGCUCCUCAUCCUCAAACUCUUCAUCACCAAGAACCUUUUGACCUUAGCUUGUCGGGACCCUGGAGGUCGGGACCCUUUGAAAGUUGCUAUUCAGCGUGGUCACAGGGACUGUGUGCGUUACUUAGCCAACAAGCUGUGCUCAGUAGUGUCCCUGUCAAACAUGUCCCUGCCCAUGCGUAUCUACCUCCAGAUGAAACGCUGGGUGAGUUUGGGGCAGAAAAGGGCAGCCUCCAAUCGAUGCCAGUACACUAGUGCUGCCUUCAAAGUCAGGGCGGGGGAUAAGUUGCUGGUGGAUGGCUUUAACCAGCCAAAUAUGUCUUCCAAAUCCAGGAAAGCUGUGACUAAACCAAAAAGACAAAACAAGGCCAAAGCUUUAGAGCCCUUACCUCCCAUUACCAACUUACUUUCAGUAUCACACCUCCCCAGCCUGGGUGACUUGAAAGAGAUGCAGAAAAAACAGAAACAAGAUAUAAAAAGAGAGGAUGAAAUCUAUAAGGAUGACAGCAGUUUAUGCAGGAAGAAGUUUAUCCUUCCGCCAAUCACCAGAGAAAGCGUUCCCAGGCCAAUAUAUUCUCAUAUUCUGACUGUGUCUCUGGAGUCCGCCCGAACACCAAGGGAAAAUGCCAUAUACUGCUUGACCUUAGCCAGUACCUUCACAGAAAAGCCUUGGUUGAAGCAGCUGAGCAUAGCACGGACCCUGAUCAGGAAGCGUGUCCACACCAUGGCCUGAUGCAGAUCUGUCACUCAUCAGCCAAACUGCUGGUGGAUCUCCCAUCGGCUGCCUGAAAAACUGUGGACAACGAAGAAUCUUUCGAAGA